AUGCGCGUGAGAGUCACAUGUGAUGGCUCCACUGGAAGCAAGCGCUUUCUUGUCCGGGUCCCGCAGGAUUUGGAGCUGGUGGCAGACCUAGUCAGGCAUGUCCAGAUGCGUCUGCCAGAGAAAGUCGAAUCUUUGGUCUUAAGGGUUGGCGGUUUUGCAUUGCUCCCAACCCUUCGCCUCACCGACGUUGUGCGAGACGAUGACGAGGUGACGGUCAGCACUGCCGGCAGCGAAAAUGGCUCAACAGUUUUGGCACUGCCCGCACCUCUGGGCCCGCCGGAAAAACGGCAAAGACUGCCAGGGCAAGGCUUGCAAGCUGCAAAGCUCAGCCAGGCAGAUGCCCAAGCUGCACAGAAGGAGCGGGUGCUUCCUCCCUUCCCUCAGCCUUCUAUGGCAAAUGGGGCAGACGCCAAGAAGCCCAAGGAAGCGGCUGCGAAGGCUCCGAAGGCGAGGAAGGAGACCAAGGAGACAAAGGGUGGAACGGUGACAUCCAAGCAGGCUGCAGCAGAAGCACGUCAGGUGCUCGCGCGCUCGAAACAGCCAAGCCUGGACGCGAAGGAGGAGAACGUGGACCAGGCUCGUUCUGUGAACCAUCCGCUCCUGGGACAACUCGAGGAGUACAGGAUAUCGGGCUUCAAGCGUGCAGUUGAGGGAGUGGAUCUUUGGGGCCUAGAAUUCAAUGUGGUUGAGCACUACUUCGGAGAUACGAACUGGCCGAAGGAUAACCAUCUCCAGUCCCUGGCAGAUGGGGAUGGCUUUGUUGCCUUAGACAGCAUCGCAGACUUUUCACUGCUGCGGCAGCUGUGCAGCGACAUCCCCACCAUCCGCGACAGCCUUGAUACUUCUGAGGCACCCAAGCCGGCCGCUGGUGGUGGCUAUGCUGCUAAGAAGGCACCUGCUGCCUCUGGCCAUGAUAGCGGCGAGGACAGCGCUGAAGAAAGCCGUGGCGCAGACCCAUCAGUAACGGCCGAGCGAUUCGACCGCGAUAUGGACCUGCUGCACAAGAGGAUGAAGCCAGUGUUGCAGGCGCACGGGGCCGAUGCCCCAAUCCAGGUGACUGCGUCGCCGGCUCCUGCUGCACCGUCGCAGGAGCAGCGAGAUUCCGAGGCAGAUGCGAUCGAGCUGCAAGCAGACCUCGCAGACGUCGAGGAUGAUGCAGCCAUUGCAGCUGAGCUCCAACGUGAGGAGGAGGAGCAAGCCGGCCUCGCUCCUGGCACAGCUUCCACAAGUGCAGCUACAAGGCCUGAUCUUCUUGCCGCAGCCACAGCGGUGGCUGCCGCUCGAGAGGAGGAGCGUAAAGCCGAGGAGGGGGAUGACGACGAGUCCUGGGCCGAGGAAGAGAUCCAGCGUGGAUCGACCUCGAAGGCUGGUCUGAUGCAGAUCAAGGUGAGAGUUCCGGAUGGCUGCGGAGAAGGAGACACGCUGGAGGUUGUUGCCCCAAGCGGUGACCUCAUCCAUGUGCUGGUGCCCCCUGGCCAUGGACCAGGUUCACUGCUGCUCGUCCAGGUGCAGCAGCGUGCCGAAGGGGCCAAGGGUCCUGAGAACCUCCUGUACACAUCCUUGACUGACCGGCACACGCUGGAACAGUGGGAAGCACUGCUUCAGAAGUUAGUCUCCGGCUACAGUGUGAUCAAGGCAAGCAGGGCGCAAGGGAUAGGAUCCUUUGUGGCAACCGUGUCGCCAGGAACGGCAAGCUGUACAACCGCAGCUUUUGGCUACACGGUGGCAGUCGGCUUCCCAGUCUUUCAUGAGGCACAUAGACCUGCGACAGCGGCGGCCUUGGCACGGUCCAAGAUGCUCUUGCGCAAUGUGAUCGAGUUGAAUAGCUCCAUACGCGCGAUGUCUCUACCAUCAUGGAUGUGCAAAGCAUUCUACGCCAAUGCGGCACUGGACCUGUUGAUUUUCCUUGUGCCUGGGUCCAUCGGCGUGCCGGACCUUAUUGCCGCAAAGUUCCCCGCGGGCAAGAAAGAAGGCGAGAUUGAGCAGCUCAUUCAGCUCUUCCACCGACAAGGAGGUUUCGCCUUCCUUCUGCACGGCGCCGUGCGGUUCGCAGCGGGGUACUAUCAGACGGAGGAAAUGGUUUACCUGGCCUUAUUCAGCUAUGCCGUGGAGGCUUCACAGCUCCUGUACUUCUACGUCAAGGGCACGGCUUUGCAAGCCAUCUGGCUGGUCCUUAUUGGCAUCACCAUUUGGACCUCGGUCAUCCUCCACGUAGGCCUAGGCUUCGGGGCCUGA